AGAGGACGUGGUCGACCAGUGAGUUCACAAAUCUCGACAAAAAAAAAGGUUGAAGAUGAGUGGUAGACGUAACGAAUCAAUUCCAUACUUUCUAGGUGGAAUCAGUGAGAAGGAUCAAGAGACGGGAAACCAUGCGCUAGUGACUAGUCUGAUGACGCGCUUCGACGCAACAAGGAGACGUUUGAGCCAAAGUGGGAAUGUGCAUGGUGAGGUUGCAACAGCCAUAAGUAAUUUUAAGAGACUCAAACUGUGUACAAACACAAGAAAGCGAUUCGGUUCCGUUCCCGGAGUUGAUGUAGGAGACAUCUUUUUCAUCUGGGGUGAAAUGGGUUUGGUCGGGCUCCAUUCAGCCCCUGUUGGAGUUGAGUUAAUAGGAGUCGAAGGCAGCGGAGAGAAUACACCAAUUGCUGUAAGUGUAGUCUCUUCAGGGGAAAAUGCUGAUAAAACUGAUGAUCCCGAUUCAUUAAUAUUUACAGGGUUUGGUGGUACAACCAAGUUUCAUGAUCAUCAGCCAUCAGACCAAAAGCUUGAGGGGUUGAAUAUCCCACUAGAGGCAGCUCUUCGGAAGAGAAGUGCCGUGAGAGUGAUAAGAGGUAUGAAGGUUGAAAAAAGGACAAAUGGUAAGAUUUACGUAUACGAUGGAAUAUAUAUCAUUACAAGUAUGUGGGAAGAGAAAGGUCAAAAUGGGUUCAAGGUGUUCAAAUUCAAAUUGGUGAGGCAACCUCAUCAAAAACAUGCUUUUGGUAUUUGGAAAUCAGUACAACAAUGGAAGAAUGGUUUGACUACAAGACCAGGUCUUAUUCUUGAAGAUCUCUCUAAUGGAGCUGAGAAUCUAAAGGUAUCUGUGGUGAAUGAAGUUGAUGAGGAGAAGAACGGUCCUGCCUUGUUUACUUAUGUGACAUCACUCAAACAUGCAGUUAUAAAUAUUCAACCGCUGGUUGAUCGUUGCACUUGUCCACAGGGGUCAUGUGCUUCGAGAAGUGGUAAUUGUGCAUGUGUUCAGAGAAAUGUAGGCGGCUUACCUUGCGUUGAGAACGCUUUGGUCACUCGUGGACCCAUGGUUUUCGAAUGUGGUGGGUCGUGUGCUUGUUCUGAUAAAUGCAAAAAUAAAAUGAUUCAGACCGAGUUGAACUUCAGUUUCGAAGUGUUUAAGACAAUGCAUUGUGGCUGGGGUUUAAGGUCAUGGGAUCCUAUUCGAGCAGGAAGCUUCAUUUGCGAAUUUGCUGGUGACAAGAUCAUAGAAAAAGGUGAAGAAGAGGAUGAUUAUAUAUUCGAUACUUCAAUGGUUUAUAACUCGUUUAAGUGGAAUUAUGAACCUGAGCUUGUUGGUGAGGAUGCUUCAAAUAAAGUCUCUGAGGCGAUUCGUGUUAACUUAUCAUUGCUGAUUAGUGCAAAGAAGUCAGGAAAUGUGGCUCGAUUUAUGAACCAUAGUUGCUCACCCAACGUUUUCUGGCAGCCGAUUGCUCGUGAACAAAAUGGUUUAUGGUGUAUUUACAUUGGAUUUUUCGCAAUGAAGCAUAUACCUCCAUUAACAGAGUUAACAUAUGAUUAUGGAGCAUCUCCAGGAGUUGGGAAGAAGAUUUGUCUAUGUCGAUCAAAGACAUGUUGUGGUUUAUUUGGAUAGCGAUUUUUUGUAUUAUUGAGUCAUCAUCUUUGUCAGAAUUUUUUUUCUUUCUACAUUCUCUAUAAUCUUGUAUUCCCUUUC